AUGCCCGAGUUUAAGAUGAGCGAUUCGUCGUACUUUGACGCUCCAGACGUGAGUCUGGAGCACGCGACUUUUCCCCAUCUCACUGGUGUUGAGUGGGAUGCCCAAAUCGCCUCGCGGCAAUAUCUGGAGAGGCAUUCGUUGUGUCGCUGA